AUGAUUGGCCCCCUCGCCAAGGCCCCGGGAAGAUUCACUUAUGUGCUGGUAGCAUUAGACAAAUUCACAAAGUGGAUCGAGUACAAGCCUGUCACCACUCAAAGUGCAGACAGAGUUGUCGAAUUCAUCUAUGACAUGCUAUACCGGUUUGGCUUCCCAAACACCAUCAUUACAGAUUUGGGAUGCAUCUUCACAUCAGACACCUUCUGGGACUUCUGCAAGCGAAGCGCCAUCGAUGUCAAGUAUGUCUCCAUAGCUCAACCAAGAGCCAAUGGACAAGUGGAACAAGCAAAUGGCAUGAUCUUAGAAGGCUUGAAGAAGAGACUUUACGAGGCUAAUAGCAAGAAGGGAGGCAAGUGGAUCUCUGAACCACCCCAUGUUAUCUGGGGUCUCAGAAUUCAGCCAUGCAAGUCAACGGGGUAG